AUGGCAAGUAAACAGUCAGUUUCCACCCAGCCCUCUGCAUCCGACUUGCAGGUUUCACGUGUGAAUACCGAGUUGUCAUGGCAACCGAUGCUCGAUGUGCCCAUGACCACAACUGUCCAACUCUCGCGGGCCGAUGUCAUCAAGCCUUUGCCUUUUUCUGCAGAGCAUUUGGUUCCAGGAGCAUCGGGAAAUCGGAUGAUGCCACCCACCUUCAUCAAGCUGGUCUGUGAAACCUUCACAAUUCGCGGUGUUGGCCGACUCAACAAGGGGCCCCGUUUCUUGCGUAGCCUGUGGCUCUGUUUUGUACUCAUCAUGACGGUUGGUCUCUGCUUGACCAUCUCUUUGUUGGUGAAAGAUUACCUGCUUUACGAUGUCACCGUAAACCUGCACGUUAAAUUGGACGCCACCUCCGAAUUUCCCGCCAUCACAGUUUGUCAUCAUCAGCCAUUUUCUCACCGAGCCUACCGCGACUGGCGCAACGGAGUGGGCAUCUCACCUCGCGUCUUCACUCAGAAGAUACGUGAACGAGCUCAUCAACAUCUGCUGAAGAAUGAGGUCGGAUUUGCCGAACAGAUCCAGGCCAAUUUGGGCAUCAAUUUCUACUAUCAACACUUGGACUAUCAAGAGGCUCUCAACUACGGCCACGAUACCAGCAUAUUUUUAAGUUGCAUGCGAAGAACUGGAAAGUACAAACAGAUUGAAGGCAAUUGCACACUACUUGACGGUUUUCAUAUACGUCGCUUCAACCAUCACACCUACUUCAACUGUUACACCUUCGACCCGUCAAGCAAACAGGAUGGAGAAGAUACAGACGUGCUCUCCUUGGUCGUGGGGAUGGGUCCGAGGCCGGAUGAUGAACAGGCUUUUAUAACAGACAUCUUCGAGAUGGCUCGAGGACUAAGGUAG